GAAAGUCUAGAGCUUUUUGCUGUUUUGUUUAAGACCUGGUUAUGGUUGUGGGAUUUUUUGUGUGUGUGUGUCAGCUGCCUGUUAUAUCAAUCACGGAGUCCGGAUCUAUUUAUAGGUUGGGAGUACUGUGUCCUUAGUCACAAAGAGACACAGACAGGGGACUGUCAGCUGGUGCCGCAGGAGCGGAGCAACGAGUCACCAGCAACUGGGAACACCUGAGGGGCAGACGGUCCACACCAGCCCCGUCCUCCUCGCAGCCAAGCAUGCUGCUGAGCAGGAUGUCCGCAGACGACCGGCACCUGGGCUCCAGCUGCGGCUCCUUCAUCAAGACUGAGCCGUCCAGCCCGUCCUCGGGCAUCGAUGCCCUCAGCCACCACAGCCCCAGCGGCUCAUCCGACGCCAGCGGUGGCUUUGGCCUGGCCCUGGGCACCCACGCCAACGGUCUGGACUCGCCGCCCAUGUUCGCGGGCGCUGGGCUGGGAGGCACCCCGUGCCGCAAGAGCUACGAGGACUGUGCCGGCAGCAUCAUGGAGGACUCGGCCAUCAAGUGCGAGUACAUGAUCAACGCCAUCCCCAAGCGCCUGUGCCUCGUGUGCGGGGACAUUGCCUCCGGCUACCACUACGGCGUUGCCUCCUGUGAGGCUUGCAAGGCCUUCUUCAAGAGGACCAUCCAAGGGAACAUCGAGUACAGCUGCCCAGCCACCAACGAGUGCGAGAUCACCAAGCGGAGGCGCAAGUCCUGCCAGGCCUGUCGCUUCAUGAAAUGCCUCAAAGUGGGGAUGCUGAAGGAAGGUGUGCGCCUCGACCGAGUGCGUGGAGGCCGCCAGAAAUACAAGCGACGGCUGGACUCGGAGAGCAGCCCGUAUCUGAGCUUGCAGAUUUCUCCACCCGCUAAAAAGCCAUUGACCAAGAUUGUCUCCUAUCUACUGGUGGCCGAGCCGGACAAGCUCUACGCCAUGCCUCCCCCUGGCAUGCCUGAGGGGGACAUCAAGGCCCUGACCACUCUCUGUGACCUGGCCGACCGGGAGCUCGUGGUCAUCAUCGGCUGGGCCAAGCACAUCCCAGGCUUCUCGAACCUGUCCCUGGGGGACCAGAUGAGCCUGCUGCAGAGCGCCUGGAUGGAGAUCCUCAUCCUGGGCAUCGUGUACCGCUCGCUGCCCUACGACGACAAGCUGGUGUACGCAGAGGACUACAUCAUGGACGAGGAGCACUCCCGCCUCGCGGGGCUGCUGGAGCUCUACCGGGCCAUCCUGCAGCUGGUGCGCAGGUACAAGAAGCUCAAGGUGGAGAAGGAGGAGUUUGUGACGCUCAAGGCCCUGGCCCUCGCCAACUCCGAUUCCAUGUAUAUCGAGGACCUGGAGGCCGUGCAGAAGCUGCAGGACCUGCUGCACGAGGCGCUGCAGGACUACGAGCUGAGCCAGCGCCAUGAGGAGCCGCGGAGGACGGGCAAGCUGCUGCUGACGCUGCCCCUGCUGCGACAGACGGCCGCCAAGGCUGUGCAGCAUUUCUACAGCGUCAAACUGCAGGGCAAGGUGCCCAUGCACAAACUCUUCCUGGAGAUGCUGGAGGCCAAGGUCUGAUGGCUCUGCACACGGACCGACGCCCGCCCACGGACAAACGGACAGACCGAGGCAGAGACCUCCACAGCCACCAGCCUCGACCUUCCACUCUGUCUCGUGGCUCUGAACUGUCCCAGAAGAAGGGGGUUCCAGCUCCCUGGCUGUGCGCAGG